AUGUCGCAACGGACGCUGGGGUUCCAUGUCCAUUACGGCCGAUGGGUGAAAUUCGCCGAAGACCUGUCGACCGAGGCAUUGUUGUCGCAAGUCAGGAGAUCACCUUUACUCUUGUGUAGCAUCUGCCUGAUCGCCGUGAGACACACGACGCAAGAACUGGCCGACGAACUCGCGCCCAGUCUCUUCGAAGAGGUCAAGCGGCUUCUGGCUCCUGCAUUGCUGUCGGUACCUCAGUCCAUCGACUUCUUUCAGGCCGUGCUGGUGUUGAGUCUAUGGUCGACCACCAUCGGCCAGGUCCCGUUGAACGUCGACAGCUGGCUGUUGACCGGCUAUGCUCUGCAGCUGAGUUUAGCCAGUCCUCGCUUCAGUGAGGUCCUCCGGUCCGAGUCACGCCCAUCCGGAGACAGGACCCAGCUGGAUGCUUGGUGCAUCUGGAAUCACCUUUGCGUCGCUCACCUGCAAUAUUGCGUGGGAACGCGACGACCAUCGCUCCUCAACCAACAACUGGUUGAUCGAUGUCUCCAUUUCCUCGAAUGCGACAAUGUCACCAAUUUCGAAACCAGAAUGGUCGCCGAAGUCAAGCUGUACUGGGUCAUUUAUGAAAAAUGCUGCGGGCCCCAAAUCGACGUGUCGGAUGCCAAAGCCACUCUGCAGGAUUGGAAACGGCAUUGGGCGGCUUUGUUUGAUCAGCCUCGUGCGCAGUUCCUCCAGAUGGGCUUUCAUUUCGCCCACCUUGUCGCCUACUACAAUUCGCUCAAGUCGGCGAGAGCGGUGAUGCGCAGUUCUGUCCUCGGCGAGAUGGUCCGACUCGCGACGGCAAUCAUCAACCUCGCCAUGGACACGACGGACCAACGCACCCGCCACUUGACCGACCAUAUCUACCAUAUCAUCACCUUCUCGGCCAUCACGCUCUGCCGGCUCCUGCAUACCUACGAAUCGAAACUACGCGCGUCAGGCCACGACAUCAUGGCCUUGGACCAUCUGGUCAUCAAGCUGGUCAACUGGCUUCGAUCCAUCGGUCUGCCGUGUCAUGUGGCCCACAUCUUUGGCGAGGUCGUGUUUGCCCAGCACAAGAAACUCCGCCCUGGUUUCCAUCCUGUUCGACCCUCCACCAACACCUCGUACGUGGACAUGGUGGGCAAUGGAAGGAUAGCUGAUGACCAACAGGCCUCUUUGUCUAACGAGAUUUCGUUCCUAUAUCCAGAUUUCAUUGGGUCCGAGUUGUUCAAUCUGGAUGCCGACAGUAGUCUCUGGCCCCAGUGGGACCAAAUGCUGUCAGAUACCGACAUGUCUGUCUGA